AUGAGGGUACCACGGCCCCUGCUGCAGCCUGUGCUGCUGCUGCUGCUGCCGCUGCUGCUGCAGCUGCUGCUGCCUCUUGCUGCUCUCCCCUUCUCGGUAGCAUCAGCAGCAGAAACACACAAAUCUCUCUUUCUUCCUUUCUCUCUAACUCAACAGAACAAUGCAGCAGGCAAACUGCAGCAAAUAGCGCCUCACAGCAGCAGCAACCUGCUGCAGCUGCUGCAGCAGCACAAGCAGCAGCAGCAGCAGCAGCAGCAGCAGCAAGAGGAAGCAGAGUUAAUUCCCUCCUCUUUUAUUAUGCCCCAUAGAGGCCUCCACUUGAAUAUAGCUCGCUAUGGUCCUCAGCAGCAGCAGCUGCAGCAGCAGCUGCAGCGGCAGCAGCAGCUGCAGCAACGUCAUCGUCAGCAGCAGCUGCAGCAGCAACUGGAGCAGCAGCGACGACAGCAGCAGCUGCAGCAGCAGCAGCGACAGCAGCAGCAGCGUUUACGUCUUGGUGAGAUAUACGGAAAGCUAAGAGACAGAACAGCUAGACAGACUCCUCCUGCUGCUGCUGCUGCUGCUCCUGCUGCUGGCGUUAUGGGGCGGCUGCUGCACCGAGCUCACCUCCGCAAGCUGCCGGCGCUGCAGCAGCAAAUAUCUCCUGCUGCAGCAGCAGGUCCAGCAGCAGCAGCAGCAGCAGCUCUAGCAGCAGCAGCAGCAGCAGCAGCAGCAGCACAGGCGCCCGCAGAGCCGCCGCGUCUAUACACCCCGCAGCAGCAGCAGCAGCAGCAGCAGCAGCAGCAGCAAGAAGAGCAGCAGCAGCAGCAGCAGCGUCUGCUACGUUUAUCCCCAGAAGCAAAACAGCAGCAGCAAGAGUAUCCUCCUGUUGGUGGUGGUUUGGGCUUAGGUGCGCUGCGUAUAGGGGCCCCCCGGGGGGCCCCCCCUGCAGCAGCAGCAGCAGGAACAACAGCAGCAGCAGCAGCAGAAGAAGAAGCCCUUCCUGCUGCAGUGCCAGCACCGCCAGCAGCAGAGCAGCAACGAAUAUUAACUAAAGUAAAGGAGGAGACAGUGGCGGUGAUGCGACGAAAUAUGCAGCAAAAGGCUGAAGACAAAGCAGCAGCAGCAGCAGCAGCACGAGCAGCAGCAGCAGCAGGAAGACAACAACAGCAGCAGCAGCAGGAUUUUCUGCUGCAGCAGCACCCUGUUGAGGCCAUAGCACACGAAGCAUUAGUAACGAUGAGCGGCAGCAGCAUAAAAGAUGAAAUAAUAAUAAAAAACAUAACCGACCCCAUCAGCAGCAAGCUGCUGCUGCGCAGCUGCAGGCUAAAGGAGCUCAGAAUACUGGGGGUGGGGGGCACAGGCCUGGUGCUGGCUGUUGGUGUUGUUGACGAUGCAGCAGCAGCAGCACUAGGGGCCCGGGAGCUAGCGAUGAAGCUUAUGUAUGAUUACGUACCAGGGCUGCAGCAGCUGCAGCAGCAGCUGCAGCAGCAGCAGCAGCAGCAGCAGCAGCAGCAGUUGCAGCAGUUGAAGCAGCAGCAGCAGCAGGUUAUGCAAGCUGCUAGCAGCAGCAGCAGCAGCAGCAGUUGCAGCAGUUGA